AUGCAAGUCCGUCAACAUGCCGCAGUCCGCUCUCAGCUCCUCGGCGCCCGUCGUCUCCGUGUCGCUCACAACCACCCCGACCGCCUCAGUCCUCAGGGACUCGCGGGAGGCAGACAGAAACGGCACCGACAAGAAUCGUCAUCUGCUGGCCUCGGGACCGCGCGGCCUGUCCCUGGCCGGCAUCCCGCCCACCCUCUCGGCCUGUCCCAGCCUCUCCAGCUCGCGCUGCUUCGAGGCGCGCACCUCCUCCGGGAGCCCCCACCACUCGCGAAGAAACUCCUCCUGCGCGAGCGCCAUCUUGGCCUUGCGCUCGCGCUGCCGGUGGCGCUCCACCCGCAUGGCGAACCACUCCUCGCGCGCGGCGUCGUGUUCCUCGGGCGUGGCACGCAGCUUCAUGCAGCUGUUCAUGGCGCGGUGCUGGGCACGGCACGCAAACGACACGGUCAACGUGCGGCCGAGGGCGCACGCGGCAAACGCUUCAGCCCCGCCGUCAAGCGUGCACUGUUAGCUCCUCGCUGUGAAGAAGAAGAAAAGGGCCUCGGGUCGCGGCAAGGGGUUUCUCGAGGGCACGCCGGGGCGCUCGUCCGGGGCGCCACGUCGGUCGGCGGCCAUGGAUGUCGCCCAGCCAGCCCGCGACGGGACGGGGGACCAAGGGUGCAGGGGCCGUUUGCAGCUCAGACGGUCGAGGUGGCCCCGCGGUCGUGGGCCGGAUUGAUGGAUGGCGAUGUUUGCGCAGGCAGCCAGAUUUCUUUCGACGUUUCGUUUGAUCGGACGACGGGGUUUGGAAACCGACGGCUCCACCGAGGCGAGGCCGGCAGUAUCCGGGCCACCGCCACCGCCACCGCCUUCCUCUUCCGAAGCGCACUCGCACCCACCGCAGACGUCGACAACCAAGGCUUCUGA